CCCGCAGAGAAAAAAACUGUAGGUUCGCUCAGUUGGUGGGUAGAUUCGGACGCGAGUACAGUUAUUUUUGGUGUGGUGCGUGUUGUUACGUACGGAUAAGUAACGUGGAAAGAGCUUAUACUGGCACACACAGUAUGAAUCUUGUAUGUUUACCCUUUUGCUGCGUGACGAACGUGUUCAAGUGAUAAGAAAGAUAACACACGGAAUAGGAUACGAGAACAAACCCUCUGACAGUGUGCAAUGGUUCCAGUAGCUGGAGCCCUUAGGUAGAAGUUUCCCUGCUCAUCUCUACCACAAGACACAAGUCGUCUCCGAUAAGCCAGACAGCAAGCAGCUCUACCUUAAUCCUUUCGCAAUCGUUCGACACUUUGGGGCAGAAGCAUAAUUCGACAAUAUCUGUUUUUUACUAUACUGGUAUAAGAACGAAAAAAACCCUUAGCAAUCCGGGUCCAAUCCCGGGGGUCAACCGAAAAUGGCCACCUCACCGACGCUAACCAACACCUCGAAUUCGGUUUCACUGCACCGGCAGUCCAGCAAAAAUGCCGACUCCAUAUCGCUCUGUUCCACCACCAGUGCCUUCUCGACGUGCCCGGACCGGCACGGAUUCUACGGCGGCAGUCAGUUCUCGGAAAAACCGGCCAAGGAAACCCUCACCCGGGAGCAGAUCAUGGCCCGGGAGAAAAAGUGGCUGCACAUGAUCGACAACUGGCAGGAGUACAUGAGUAAAAAUUAUAAGAAGCUUCGUGAACGUUGCCGGAAGGGAAUCCCCCAGGCGGUGAGGCCCCGGGCGUGGUUUUACCUUACCGGUGCCUAUCAGCUGUAUCAGCGAGAUCCGAAACGGUACGAGGAGCUGCUGAGGCAGCCGGGUAAUCCACACAUCAUUGACGAAAUUCGCAAGGAUCAGCACCGACAGUUUCCCAAUCACGAAAUGUUCAUCGACGAGGAGAAACCCGGCCAGAAGGAGCUGUUCAAUGUGCUCAAAGCUUACUCGAUUCACAAUCCCAAGGUGGGCUACUGUCAGGCCCAGGCCCCGAUUGCAGCCUUCCUGCUGAUGCAUUUACCCAGUGAACAGGCCUUCUGGUGCUUUGUCGUCAUCUGCGAUAAAUAUCUCAAAGAUUACUACACACCGGGGCUGGAGAUGUUGCAGCGCGAUGCCGGUAUGCUGAACGGGCUGCUGAAGAAAACUUCGCCCUCGGUCUACCGGCACCUGCAGAAGCACAAGGUCGAUCCGCUGCUCUACAUGACCGACUGGUUCCUGUGUGCCUUCACCCGAACGCUACCCUGGGACACCCUGCUCCGGGUAUGGGAUUGCUUCCUCUGUGAGGGUAUUAAAAUUCUGUUCAAAGUGGCCCUGGUCGUGUUGGGUGCCAGCCUAAAUUCCCACAAAGUACGCAAACAGGCCAACGGCCUCUGCGAAACGUUACAAAUCUUGCGAGCACCGCAGAAAAAGUUCAUCGAGGAAGACUUCAUCAUGCACCACAUAUUCCGGAUCAACAUCACUGUCGAGGAUUUGAUCCAGGAGCACAAAAAGCAGGAACUGCUGCACCGGAAGCAUAAAGUUUCCUAGAAGCGGGCGGCGGCGGCGGCGGCGGAAGUGACUAGUAAUACACCCUCACCGCCACCAGCAGCCUCCUCAGCUCCUCCUCAACAACAACAAGUGCCUGCUGCUGCGGAAGAACCUGUGGAUUGUGAAGCUUCCGGAUGCGCCACCGAUGAUGGCAGGAGUUGAUGAUGAGAGAGUAGGCGAACGAGCGAGCGAAUGUGCACCCAGGUUGGCCCACUUUCUUCCCAGUUCUAGUCUAUGUAGGUAAUCAUACUUUUUCCGUGACUCUUCGUGAGUGACACGAGAAAAUCAGUAAACCAUCUGUGAGCGAGAGUGCAAAAGGAAAAAAAAACGUUGGAAACUGGGAAACUGAUAUCCGUUGUAGCGUAUUGUGUACUGUGGGCCGCAGGUUGUAUCACGUUCUGCUCGAAAAACCUUUCGUUUCUAGAUAAUUUUUUUUAAACAGCUUCAUCAAAUUGUAAUAAGAGUAAUCAAAUUCCCGUCAGUGUUUUUAUAGUUCAGGCGGGAAAAAUGAGACAUGAUGUUGAAUUCCAGCAAAGAGGAGAAUACAUUUUUUUGGUUAUUUUGGAAAUCAAAUAAACAUCAAGUAUUACUUCAAUCUGCGCAGUUCGUCCGGUCAGUAAAGUAACUUCCAGUUGCGUGUGAAUAGGUAUUGAAAAUUCUCUUUCAAAUUGUAAAGUGAUAUACUGCUAUGAGAUGUUUGUAGGAAAUCUUUUGAAAAAAAGCCGUAAACAUUGUUUAGGAUCGUUGUUGUUAUGUGUUGUUGAUAAGUAGAUUCACAAUUGUGUCCUGUCGUGAGUGAUUUUCGAUGGUAAUCUUUUUUCUCUGACUUAUGUUGAAUUUUAAAAAAAUAUCAACGUUGAUGAUUGAAUUUAGAUUUUGUUGAAACUAUUGUUAGUACAGGACUGUGGAAAACUUUCUCUCGAGUUUUAAGAAUAAAAACACUUUCCUGAGAAAUUAACACUUUCUAGUUGGACAAUCCUCAAAGCAGUAAAGCUAUUUCGAAACGGAAGUACCAUAUUUUGAUUAUUUCCAACCAGUCCAAAAUCAUUGAGGAUUGAAAGCUUAGCAAAGAUUCAAAUCCAAAAUCACUCAGCACAGGAUCAAAUGCCAAUUCAUUGUUCCGUACUACACUUUGCUCUUUUUCUGUCAGAAUGCUUUAGCCUUAAAAAAAAUCGUCAACUACACUCCCUAACACAUCGGCUACCCAACGAUACCCGGAAGAGAGUGUCGUUGAAAUAAAUCGAUUCUAAAAUUAGAUUACAAUCGAUCGCCGCUACUUGAUUGUAUGCCUUCUUCUAUGCAGUGUUGUAUAGAGAUUGUUAUUUCAAAAGUAGCGGGAAAAAGAACGUUGCAAAAAUAGUAAAAUAUAACAAAAGACAAACCGAAACACAUUUGGGAAGGAAACGAGAAUACAAAAAAAAAUCGUGCAAAAAACCGAGAAAAUUUAGAAGGUACCACUAUCACGAAGUCUAGUUCUAUUUUUACACAUACCAUGUACGUACUACUCGACUGUUGUUUUUUGUAUGGAAAAAUUCUAGCUAACAAAAUGCAAUAUAUAGUACAAUUUUUAACACAGUUUACAAAAAGAAAAAAAAACAUUCAUAAUAUACCUAUACUAACGGAAUAGUUGAAAUCUUACCGAAUUCUGAAACACGUUGAAAGCAUCUACUAGAGUUUUCAAUCGAAACCGUUAAGAAGAGUGGAAAUCUAUUCACGUACGAACUAUGCUUUAUCAAAAAACAGCAACAAAAAAACACUAACCAACCAUCAACGCCGCUUGUUAAAAAUUAUCUCUUCCUUUUUUCCGCUAAUUCCGUUUGUUCCAAUUGAUCAAAUCGCCUUCCCCGGAGAGCAGCUAUCAAUUAAUCGCACUCAAAUCUCAUUCAUCCGGAGUAGAGAGAAGACAGAGGGGCGAUUUUAAAAUACCGCUGAUCGAAAUUUUCCACCCCGACAAUGGUGUUUGGUAAUGAAAAAUAAAAACCAUAGGCAAAGAAAAGCGAAAGCAAAAUUGGUGCAAAUCGUGAUCGCAUUCGAUCGGAUUGGAAGAUAAAAAGCUGAUAAACCGUUUUGGUGUGUUUCAAUUCCUUGAAUCGCAAAUCCAAAAACAACGGUGAACCUGAUUCAAGAACCAAGCACAAUUCAACAGGACAAAAAAAAAACCGUGCAACGAGUGCAAUUAAGGCGCGAGCACAUCUAGGGGAAUAACAUUCAACUCCGUGCUAAAUGUUUUGUUUUUGUUUUAAGCGAUAUUUUAUUGGCCUUACGUUCGACAUUAUCAGCAGCAUGAAGAGAACCAAUAUAAGAGAAUUUAUUAACAGUUAAGUGAAAGUUCAAAAACCCAUUGUAAGUUGUCAUUGUGAUAAGUGUUAAAAUUACGUUUAACUUGCAGCAACUGGCGAUUAGUUGAGUUCAGUAAGUUUUGUUUGCAAAACAGGUCAAAACCAUCAACCACCAAUACCACAAAACACAUUCAGCUGUACCAUUUAUGCAAAAAUACUGAUAUUUUAUAAAGUAAUCAUCAAUCCUUUAUCGUAGAAUAAUAAUUCGUGGAAAACAGCAUCAGCAAACAACACAAGUUUAAUAUACAAAAAACCAAUCGGUCGUAAGUGAGUUUACCAUAUAUCUUUAUCGAGUGAUUUGACUUACUUCAUCAAAAAUUUCUACUAUUUAUUAAAGUUUAUAAUAUAAUUAUAUCCUCCAAUCCCCCCAUCCCGAAAACAUAUCUAAAGAAGGUGAAAUAAAUAUCAAUGCUCGAAAAUAUGAA